AUGCCUCCAGAAGAACCACAGCAGACAGCCAGUGUUAAAGCUUCGAUCAGGGAGGGCUGUGAGCAUGGCCUGAGGUGCACUGUACAAAAUGAUCCUUGUUUACCCAACUCAUGGCAGCUACAGGGGAAGCCUAACGAUGCCUCCUUUGGUCCUUUCCAAUAACGUGGGCUCAGACUGGUGGAACAGGUCCCUGGUUCUGAUUUGCGGAGCUUCAUGUUGACUUCUGCCUUAGACCUCUCUGCCAUGCGGUUAGCCCCAUGAGACUGAAGGGGUCGUCAUAGUGUGUGUGAGGCCCCUCCCACUCUAUGGAGGCGGAGCCUGGACAUCCUAAGGGCGAGUGCUCUGAGAGACAGGAGCAUGUGACGGAAUCUUCCCUUCCCUCUGAUCCCGGUCAGACCUCAGCCCCACGUCCUGCGCACAGGUCCCGGGGGCGGCUGCAGCACCGCUCGCCCAGAUCUCCAGGUCUCCUCCUGCGCUUCCAACAACAGCAGGCGUUAGCAUGGCAGCCAUCAGAUGCAGCGGGCCCCUCUGGAGGCAGCUUCCUCUCUCCUUCCUCUCCCUCAUCUUUCCUACCCUCUACCUCCUCAGCACGAGGGGAUCAGGGACACAGAGUACAACCUCAGACCAGCCAGGACCCUGCAGAGAGGCUGAGUUCUCCCAAACGCGGAGAGAAGAAGCCUCAGAAACCUGGCAAGUACGUGUGCUCCUACUGUGGUCGACCAUGUGCCAAACCCAGCGUCCUUCAGAAACACAUCCGCUCCCACACAGGAGAGCGGCCCUACCCCUGUGACCCCUGUGGAUUCUCCUUCAAAACCAAGAGCAACUUGUACAAGCACCGCAAGUCCCAUGCCCACCGCAUCAAAGCCGGUCUGAUGUCCUGUCGGGAGGAGCUUAAUCUCAGCACACCAGAGGGAGCUAAUGUGGGAGAGGAGCAUGAGGAGCCCACAGAAGGAGAGAGUACAGAGUCUGAGGAGGAGACCGGACAGCACAGAAAACCCAAGGAUCCAUCACGCCCCUCAAGGAAAGAGGAGAGCCACAGACCUGAGGACUCACAGGCCAUCAAACAGAGGCUGGCUCUUAGACUUAGUGAGCGCAAACGAGGUCCGAAGGCUUCCCCCGAUGACCCACCCUCUUCCUCUCUCUCCACAUCCUCAUCCUCUCUAGGCCCUGGCAGCAAAGGCAGCACCGAAUCUGGCUACUUCUCUGGGUCAGGGAGCACCGACCUGUCACAAAUCAGCCCCCCAAGUGCCAGUGCCAAAACUUAUGCCGAAAUCAUUUUGGGGAAAUAUGGAAGACUCGGAGGCCAACAGAGAGGGGGUCAUCAGCAUCAACUUCACUCUUCUUCUGGAACUGAGGAGAAGAGCAUUUCCUUCACAGUUCCCAAAACACAGGUCAUUGAACACAUCACCAAACUCAUCACUAUUAAUGAGGCAGUGGUUGAUACCAGUGAGAUUGACAGUGUCAAACCACGACGCUCAUCGCUCUCCCGUAAAAGCAGCAUGGAGUCGCCCAAGACUGGCACUCCUAAAGACCCCUAUGCAUUCGACCCCAAAGCUGAAAGCCCAGGUCCCAGUGGGGUAAGACCUGAGGCCUGUACUCCUGAACCUCUUUCAUCUGUGCCUCUGCUUCGAAGUCACUCACUGCCCUCCUCCACCAGCCAGGAGCACACCCCCUCCUCCCCUACACCACUGUCUCCUGGUGGCUUCCGUCUUUGCCAGUCAUUCGAUGAGCAGCAGGCAGCAGCUGCAGAGAUGAGAGUGGGACAUGUUCAGCGCAUGUUAAGACGGCAACCUGCCAUUGAGGUUCCUCUAGGAGCUGAACAAGUGCUUGAAGAUACAGGCCAGUCUUCUUCAGGAAAAGGUACAGACGGAAAAAGACAACCAAAGCAACAGCUGCACAAGAGUCCCUGCUUGUUUGAGUGUGAGGCCUGUGGCUCCCUGUUCCAGCACAGUGAGGGUUAUGAGUCCCACAUGGGCACCUGUACGGGACACCACCAACAGCCUGAACUAGAGGCCGAGGACAGGGUCAAAUCUGGCAGGGACGACCACCCCCAUGUAAUGAUGCACUACAAGUUACCAGCUCUGGCAGUGACAGUGAGGAAGAGGAGAAAAGAGGAGAGCCUAGAGGAAGAUCCUCCCAGCCCCACAACCCGUACCGCAGUGUCAUCUGGAGAGGAGCGGAGCCAUUCCCAGUCAGGUGGUCAUUCAGAACCAAAACAGCAGCAGGACAGAAAGGGUGUGUCAGUCAUUCAACACACCAGCUCCUUUGAGAAGCAGGAGAGUGUGUCCAUGGAGAGUCAGGGAUCAGAGGUCAAAGAGACACAGCCUCAGCCCAAACCGUCCCCAUCCACCAGUCGCCUCAUUCGCCAGCCCAACAUCCAAGUGCCCGAGAUCCUCGUCACUCUGGAGCCAGACACCGACAUGCCACCUGUGUCCCCCACAGUGACAGUGUCCUUACCUAAGGAAGCAGAGAGAGUGGAGGAGUUCCAGUGGCCUCAGAGAAGCCAGACUUUGGCUCAGCUCCCUGCAGAGAAGCUCCCACCCAAAAAGAAGAGGCUGCGUUUGGCUGAAGCAGCUCAGUCCUCAGGAGAGUCCAGCUUUGAGUCUGUGUCUGUGCCUCGCAGCCCCAGUCAGGAGAGCAACCUCUCCCUCUCCUCAAGUCUCUCGAUGUCUCUGGAAGAUCCCAUCAGAUCGGAAGCUGUGGCCUGGGCUGUCAGCCAAAGCUCCCAAAUGUUAAUGGUGCCAUCAGCCUCUCAUCAGUACCACCAGAGCCACAAGGAGAUGAGACGCUCUGCAUCUGAACAGACGCCUCCUACUCACCAACAACCUCAGCAGACACCUGAAAACAGGAGCAAGUCCUUUGACUAUGGCUCUCUGUCCUCUCAGCAGCCCAGCACCUCCUGGAAAGAACGGAGGAAAUGUCUUCUGGUUAAACAUGCCACUUUAGGAGAUCCAGAGGAGGAGCAGACUAGAGCAGACAGUCCCAGGCCUGGGCCCUCACAUGUCAGGCACCACCCUCUUUUGUCCACUGAAGAAUGGUUUCUUCAUGAAGAAUCAGGAGAACCAUUGCCGUCUUCAAAUGUGCUUUCUUUGGUUCCCAGAGAUCAGCAAACCUCAGCUCCAUCUCUCAGUCAUGUGUUCCACACUGAAGUUCUCCACAGAGCCGUCUUUGAUCCAGACAGUGCACGGCUUGGGACUCCACUUCACCAUCUACUUCCUCUGCAGUUCUCCAGCCACAGUCAAGCCCUGUAUUUUCCCCUUUCCACCAGGCCUUUGCCUUAUGCUCCCUUGGCCCCAUCUUCUAUAAACAGUUCAAUAGCACUCUCUCCAACCAUUGUAACUCCAUAUCACGACACACAGCCCAUUAUUGCUACAUGUUUGGCUCAGUUGACACCUGUUGUUUCUUUAGUUGUCCCAGUGCGAUUGCAGACUCACAUGCCAACAUAUGCUAGUGCCAUGUAUACAACUCUCUCCCAAAUCCUGGCCUCUUCACGCUCACCUGAGCCUAUAUGUACCACUAUGGUCAUUAUGAGCCAGCUGGAGCAAAGCAAGCUUCAGAGGUCUUACCUUACUGUACCAGCCCUCCAAAUGAAAACUCCCAUUUCGCUGACACCUUCUUUAGUUUCACUAGAUGAGGAGGCUUAUGGUCCACUUGGGGCUGGAGGAAGUAAACGCAUGCUUUCACCUGCUGCCAGUCUAGAGCUGAGCACAGAGGCUCAGAGACACCAGAAAAGAGUGAAAGAGGAAGAGGAGGGGGAGAAGGGGAGCACAGGGGAGAGGAGCAGGGGGAAUGCAGCUGGAGGUGUGGGAGGGGGUGAGGUUACUGGGAGUAAAGCUGAAGAUGAAAAGAACAAACAAACGCAAACUCAAAAUGCAGAAAACAAAUCUAUAAAGGAGGAGAAGAAACAGGAGCAAAGCCAAGCUUCAACUCAAAAGUCUGAAGUUGCUGAGAAAAAGGAAGGCACCAGACCAGUCUCUACUUCUCACCCCAGUCUCCACACCUCCACUUCAGUCAACUGGUGCUACCUGAACUACGUCAAGCCCAACCACUCAGCACUGCAGGACUCUCAGACCUCAGUGUAUUCCUCCUGGAGCGUGAGUGCACACAACCCCAACCUGCCCGGCCUGAGCACCAAGACAGCCCUGUCCCUUCUGUGCACCAAACAGAGGCACAGUGCAGAAACCUACACCAUGGCCACUGCCAGCCAGGCCAAAGAGGGAGGCAGGGAGCCCCAGCAGGAAACAGAGUUGCAGAUAAAUCCCGCCCUAGUCAGCCCUGUGGUUAGCGGUCAGAUAAAGGAACAACCACAACAUGAAAAGAACAAGGCAAAACCAAAGAGGGAUGAUGAAGCUACCACAUCCAAAUCCAGAGAGUCCUCAUGUGUUCGCAUUUUUGAAGGCGGAUAUAGGUCCAGCGAGGAGUAUGUGUAUGUACGUGGACGAGGCCGGGGGAAGUACAUUUGUGGAGAGUGUGGGAUCCGCUGUAAGAAGCCCAGCAUGCUGAAGAAGCACAUCCGCACACACACAGACGUACGCCCAUAUGUCUGCAAACACUGCAACUUUGCCUUCAAAACUAAAGGGAACCUCACCAAACACAUGAAGUCAAAGGCUCAUGGGAAAAAGUGCCAGUCCAUGGGACUGUCUGAGUCAUCACUGGACGAACCUGAGAGCGAGGAAACAGGAGGGAGUGAGGAGCCUGUGCCAGAGGAGCAGGAGGUGCACCAGUUUUCUGACGUGGAUGAGUCUGAAGACGACGAUGAGGAGGAAGAUGAAGAGUCCACCACACACGAUGAUCCACCUUCCUCCUGUUCAUCUGACACACAUCCUUCCACUGGGGGGCGCUCCACAGGCAGUGGGCAUUCCCACCAGGGCACCCCAGAUCGUGAGCUCCCUGGCCCCGCUUUAAGUCAGGAGUCCUCUCCUCGGGGCUUAUGGUCUGGGAGUGGCCGUGCGUCCUCUCCCUGCAGCAGGAGGGCACUGUUCUCCCGCCGGGGCAUUAGAGCAGCGCGGGCCUUCUCUCCGAGCAGUGAGAGCUGUUCUCCAAGUCGCAGCCUCUCUCCUCGACUCGAGCUAUCCCCCGUGGUUCUCAGUCUAUCCCCCAAAACUGAACUGUCCUCCCCCAGUCGACAUGUGUCCCCCUCCCCUGAGAGAGGACCAUCUCCCAUCAGGCCCCUCUCUCCUUUGCGGCCCGUCUCACCAGGCUUCUAUCGCUCACCCCAAGCCCGAGCCCCACCCUCUCCACUGGGUCUGCACCGGAGGACUCCUGCAUUAUUGCCCUGGGAAAGUCCUGCUAUUAGAGGGGCUAACAGCAAAGAGGAAAAAAGUGGAACAACAUUGGAAGGACUAAUGUUUCCAGAAAGCAGUUUAUUUCCAUCCGCCUUUCGUCUUUCCAUGUGUGAGAGUUAUCCUGGUGCACAGCCUGUAGACAACAUUUUCAGUCACCUUCCUCUGCACUCGCAGCAGGCGCGGCUGCCCUGUGUCAUGAUCCCUAUUGGAGGAAUACAGAUGGUGCAGGCCCGUCCAAGAUCCCACCCGACCACGCCCUCCUCCCCGACCUCCCCCCCCAUAGAGGGGUCCUCUCGCCUCAGCUUUGACUCAGCAUACUGGGGCGGGACCCCCAGGACUCAAGGCCUCAGGACUCCUCUGGACCAGUCUUUAGUGUCAGAGCAAACAGGAACCAGCCAGCCCCACGGAGACAGGACACAACUACAUAAACACAAACCAGAGACAGACUCAAAGCAAUAUAGCAGCUCGCACAGCUCUGUCCAAACACCCGGGGGCUCUGAUGGGACCCCUGUGAGGGACACUUGCCCGGGACCAGCCCUCAGCCCAGCCGUGUCUGUAGCCGAAUGUUCCAGGGGGCACAGGGAGCAGCCACCACCAGGGGGCGAUGUGGAGGAGAGAGCGGCGCAGUCAGACCAGAGCACUUAAGUGUCAGCACCUCCAUGUGUCACCUUCAUUAGCUUUAUCGAUUGCUCCACUCUUUUAUUUUUGCUUUGAUUUGUUUUUUUGUUUUUUUUACCAUUGAAAUGCUUUUUUAAUUUAAUGUUUCUUUGGCAAUAUUCAGGUUUGUGGUCAAACAGCACUUUUUAUUUGUGAAAAAGUUUAUGUAAAUGCAUAUAUAAAUUAUAUAUAAAUAUAUCCCUCCUGUACGGAUACUGUCUGUUUAAAUAUGUUUUUAAAAAUUGACUAUGUUUGUAAAUGACCAAAAACUUUAUUCUUAAUAAUUCCAUUUGUUUGGUUAUUACAGUAUUACUCCAGUUGUAGUUUCUUGUGCCUUUUCUGUCCAGGUGUAUGUAUUGACAUGUCAGUACAGAUGACAUAAAGGAGGCUGUGAACUUUUCUAUCACCUUUUAUUUUUUGUGAAGGUUCUAAUUGCGUUUCUUGCCAAUGCUUUAAUGCCAGGGUAUCUACAUGGAGCAGCGGAAACAUGUCAAAGGAAAUGCACUGAAGUUAUUUUUUUAUUAUGACAUUUGAGAUCAGAAAAUAUCUUUGUACAGCCUUGAAUGCUUCUUAUUUAUUGAUGUUUAAAGAUGAAAUGUGCAUUAUUUCAACUUUUUUACUUUUAGUUUUUGACAAAGUACUUUUUGUUACAUUUGUGUGUUUUUCAUCAUGUUCUUGUGACUUGAAGUGGUUACAAAAAUGAGGGAAGGUACAGAGGGAACAAGUGCCCUGCUAAUUUCACACGCAGCAGAAUUUAUAAUUACAUUCAAAGAAUAAAAAUGCACUACACACAAA